AUGGUGCUGUGGGAGAUAACGCUCGGAACCGCGUAUUUCUUAGGUCUGAAGAGAACAUACAGGCUCGCUCUCAGGAUUCAACGCAGGAUCGUAAGCCCUAAGUACCCAAAACUUCGCCAAUUCCUUCACAGACGGACCCGUGAUGUGUUUGAUGUGGCAAUCAAAGUUCAUCGGAACAUUCAAGAUAGGGACAUUGAAGUGGGUAGGAAUUUCGGGAACUAUAUAUUGCGUUGGCUGGAUCGAAUGAAGCCAUCGGCGCAGAUUCGCGGUCCACCACCUUCGAAUGGUGUUAAUGGUGCGAAUGGUGUCAAUGGUUCGAAUGGUGUUAGGUCAAGAGAAUGCACUGGAAAGCGUGCUGCAGGAGGUGGCAGUUCCAAUCACAAAGAUUCUGGAACGUUGAGGAGGGACUUUGACAGGAAUUUUUUUACCUCCGCAAGGACAAUGCCUUCACCUACAGUUACGAGAAUGAUGCGACGGCCCAGUCCUGCUGGGACUACCAUCCAUGGCAGGCACUUCAGUGUUUCUACGCCUCAAAUUGUGGCAUCAAAUAAUAGGUUCAAUUGGUCCGGGGGUGUUGUUCGGAAGGACAUUAUGCAGUGGAUGCUGCAUAAGUAG